CUGACGUCACCGCGCCGUCUCUGGUGGGCGGGGCUUCCCGGCGGGCGGCCAAGAUGGCGGAGCUGGACCUGCUGGGCUCCAUCCUGAGCUCCAUGGAGCCGCCGCCGGCGCUGGGCGACCGGGAGGCCAAGCGGGCCAAGGGUGAGGAAGGCGGGGGGGGACCCAGGAGUCCGGGGGGGGGGAGGGAAGCCAGCGCCGCCCCCCCCCGCAGGUAGACUGCGCCGCCCCCUGGAGGCUCCGCCAGAAGAGGCCCAAGGGCGCAUGCGCAGCUCCGGAGGGUGACGUCAAGGUCGCCGCGGGUCAGGCUAGAUGACCCUGGAGCCCCUUCCGUCCCUGCAAGGCCCGCUGUCGUUGGGGGCUGGGGCACACGCUCCCGGCUGCCCCCUGGCUUCCCCCCCAGCAGAAGGAGGAGAGCCCUGCAGCCGGAUGAGGCCCAAAGGGGCUCCCCAUAGUCCAGCCCCCUGACCUCCCAGAGGCUGACCAGGGACCCCAAAGGGGGAAUACACUGGAGAUCUUAGGCUUCUCCCUGACCGCGUUUAUCGUGUUUCGUUUUGUAUUUUAGAUAUCUUUGUUUCAAAUUUACAAAUAAUAAAUUUCAUUUAUACCCUGCCCUCCCCAGCCAAGACCGGGCUCAGGGUGGCUAAUACCAAGUAUAAAAACAAUUGAUUAGAAUACAGUGGUACCUGGGGUUACAUACGCUUCAGGUCACAGACUCCGCUGACCCAGAUAUAGUGCUUCAGGUUAAGAACUUUGCUUCAGGAGGAGAACAGAAAUCGUGCUCUGGCAGCAGCGGGAGGCCCCAUUAGCUAAAGUGGUGCUUCAGGUUAAGAACAGUUUCAGGGUAAGAACGGACCUCCGGAACAAAUUAAGUUCUUAACCCGAGGUACCACUGUACAGCUUAAAAAACAAGAUUCAAGUACAACAACAGGAGUCAAAGAUGAUGAUGAUGAUGAUGAUGAUGAUAAUGAUAAUAAUAUAAUUUUUUAUUUAUACCCUGCCCAUCUGGCUGAGUUUCUCCAGCCACUCUGGGCAGCUCCCAAUCAAGUGUUAAAAACAAUACAGCAUUAAAUAUUAAAAACUUCCCUGAACAGGGCUGCCUUCAGAUGUCUCUUAAAGAUAGGAUAGCUGCUUAUUUCCUUCACAUCUGAAGGGAGGGCGUUCCACAGGGCAGGUGCCACCACCAAGAAGGCCCUCUGCCUGGUUCCCAUGUAAGCGCCCUUCUCGCAGGGAGGGAACCGCCAGAAGGCCCUCAGAGCUGGACCUCAGUGUCUGGGCAGAACGAUGGGGGUGGGGACGCUCCUUCAGGUCUACUGGACCGAGGCCGUUUAGGGCUUUAAAGGUCAGCACCAACACUUUGAUUUGCGCUCAGAAACGUACUGGGAGGCAGUGCAGAUCUCUCAGAACGGGUGUUAUGUGGUCUCGGCGGCCGCCCCCAGUCCCCAGUCUAGCUGCCGCAUUCUGGAUUAAUUGCAGUUUCCGGGUCACCUUCAAAGGUAGCUCCAUGUAGAGCGCAUUGUGGUAGUCAAUGCAGGACAUAACUAGAGCAUGCACCACUCUGGCAAGACAGUCCGCAGGCAGGGAGGGUCUCAUCCUGCGUACCAGAUGGAGCUGGGAGACAGCUGCCCUGGACACAGAUUUGACCUGUGCCUCCACGGACAGCGGUGAGUCCAGAAUGACUCCCAGGCUGCGCACCUGGUCCUUCAGGGGCACAGUUGCCCCAUUCAGGACCAGGGAGUCCCCCACACCCACCCACCCCCUGUCCCCCCAAAACAGUAGGAAUGAGGGAGAAGCAUCUCAAGGGCUCCUUGUAGCCGCAAAGGCUCCAUCCUCCCUCCACGGUUGGGGGUAGCAUUGCCUAUUGGGAAUUGCAGGAGGGGGCAGCAUGGAUUGGUGCCCCCAUGCCCCGCUUUGGGGCUUCUACGGUUGGAGCAUCUGGUCAGCCACCGUGAGAGUCGGAUACUGGAUCAGGUGGGCCUGAUCCAGCAGGAAUCUCCUCCCCAUUUCCCUCUGUAGAACUGAACUCCUUCUGGAGAGCUGGAAAGGUCUACGGCUUCUCAGUUAGCAAGCGGCUGGACCAGUGGUUCUCAACCUUUUUUGGGCCAUGCCCCACCUAAGCCUCUCUAAAAUCCUGAUGCCCCCUCCUGUGACAUACAAUUCGUAUUAUUCAGAAAGUGAACUGUUAUUCACGUGGAUGAAGCCUAAAAGGCCAUUAAUAACUCAUUCUCAAAUUGCCCCCCUUAAAAAUCAAAUUGCCCCACAUUGGGAACUGCAAGCCUGAGUGAGUUGGGAUCUGGCCCAGAGGCUGCCGUUUUGGAAGCAGGAGCAAGUGAUCCCUUUCUGGGAUCCCCCAAGCUACUCACGCACCCCUUUCUGGGAAUGGAGUUGAGAUAUGACCUAACCUGGGGAGAAAACAGCAAAGACCUGGUGAAAAGAGCACAGCAGAGGUUAUAUUUUCUGAGAAUCCUCCGGAAAAACAAUCUCUCAAAGGACCUGUUGAUGGCAUUUUACCAUUGUACUGUUGGGAGUGUGUUAACUUAUGGUCUGUGUGUGUGGUUUGGGAGGUGCACGGCCAGGGAAAAAACAACGCUGUCCAAGGUUGUAAAGACUGCGGAGAGAAUAAUUGGGUGCCCUCUUCCCACCUUGGAUCAAAUCUACGCUUCCAGGUGCCGUAAGACAGCUGCAGAGAUAGCGCAGGAUAGUGCACACCCCGGAAAUGAUCUCUUUCAGCUCCUGCCUUCUGGAAGAAGGUACAGGGUUAUAAAGACUAGGACUAGCCGCCUGAGAAACGGUUUCUAUCCAAAUGCGAUUUUGGUUUUAAACGCAGUGUAAGGAGUCUUUAUGGGAGUAUAUUGUAUUUUAAAAAUGGGGUAUCAGAGUUUUUAGGGGGCUAACGAGGUUGAGAUCGCUGGGAUAGCAGGCUUGUUGGUUUUGAAUGUCUUAGGUUGUUGUUGUUUAGUCGUCUCCGCCUCUUCGUGACCCCCUGGACCAGAGCACGCCAGGCCCUCCUGUCUUCCACUGCCUCCCUCACGCUGGUCUCUUCGAGAACACUGUCCCACCAUCUCGUCCUCCAUCGUCCCCUUCUCUUUCUGCCCUCCAUCUUUCCCAACAUCAGGGUCUUUCCCAGGGAGUCUUCUCUUCUCAUGAGGUGGCCAAAGUCUUGGAGCCUCAGCUUCAGGAUCUGUCCUUCCAGUGAGCACUCAGGGCUGAUUUCCUUAAGAAUAGAGAGGUUUGAUCUUCUUGCAGUCCAUGGGACUCUCCAGAGUCUCCUCCAGCACCAGAAUUCAAAAAUGUCUUAGGUAGAUUUUUUAAUUUCUUUGUUCUGUAUGGGACAAUGACAGUAAAGAUUAUCGUAUCGUAUCUCUCCUCUCUCUCUCCUUUCCCCAGAGCAAACAGCACAGCUGAAGAAGCUUCAAGAGCAAGAGAAGAGGCAGAAAGUCGAGUUCAGGAAGCGGGUGCGUCCUCUGCCCCCCCCCCGGCACAAGUCCCCAACUUGCAGGCAAGUGGGGACCAGGGACCACGCUGGCUUCCUCUUCGCCUGCUCACAGCUUCCUCUCUCUUCCCCCGCCAUACAGAUGGAGAAGGAGGUCUCUGAUUUCAUCCAAGAUAGCAGCCAGACUAAGAAGAAGUUCCGGCCCAUGAACAAGAUUGAGCGCAGUAUUCUGUGAGUCCACUGGGGGGGCAAGGGGGGAGGGGAGGGAAAAGGUGCCGUUGCAGCUGGGCAGGUGAAAUCCAGCCUCCAGGUGAAGCAUACCUGACCUUGGCUUGGUUUCCAACUUCAGGACGGCCUGAACAGAUUGGAGAACUGGGUGAAUUGCGAAUUUUUAUUAUUAUGGUCACAGACCAGUUCCUGCUCACUUACAAUAUCAGGAAAAUCAUAAAACACAACAGGAAUGCAUUGAAUUGCAAUUGGGUAUAACAGAGACAGUACAGAUAUAGCGGCAGUUUAAAAAAUAUAUCACUAAUGAUCACUAAAAUAUAACCUAAAAUUGUCAUUUAAAACCUUAACCACUUUGGUAGUGCAGCUUGUUUUAUGGCGGUCGCACAGAAUUUGGCCACCCUGAGCGUGAUCUCUGGAUCCUUGUCCUCUACCAGGAGUUUUAGACAUUGAAGUUCGGACCCAUUUGGAGAUUUUUGUAUAACAGGAGUGAUAAAUACCGAGCGUGUAUCCCCGUAGAAACGGCAGUGUAACAAGACAUGAGAGACAGUUUCUACCUCCAUCGAGCCGCGGGGGCAGACUCGUUCCACGUAUGGGUUACCCUUGAAUCGGCCCGAACUGGGUGCAAGUAGCAAAAUGAAUUUAAAUAGGGGCAAAUGUAAGGUUCUGCACUUAGGCAGGAAGAACAAGAUGCACAAAUACAGGAUGGGGGGACACCUGGCUUACUAGCAGCUCAUGUGAAAAGGAUCUGGGGGGGGGGAGGGAGUCUUGGUGGACCACAAGCUGAACGGGAGCCCACAGUGUGAUGCAGCAGCAAAAAAGGCGAAUGCCAUUCUGGGCUGCAUCAACUAGAAGUCUAGUGUCCAGAUCAAGGGAAAUCAUAUCACUCCUCUCUGCUGCCUUGGUCAGGCCACACCUGGAAUCCUAUGUCCAAUUCUGAGCAGCACAAUUUAAGAAGGAUGUUGAGAAGCUGGAAUGUUUGCAGAGGAGGUUCGAGCAAGAGGUUCAAGCGUCUGGAAACCAAGCCUUGUGAGGAACAGUUGAAGGAGUUGGGGAUGUUUAGCCUGGAGGACAGGAGAUACAAUGGCCAUCUUCAAAUAUCUCAAGGAAGAUGGAGCGAGCUUGUUUUCUCCUGCUCUGGAGAGUACGACUUGAACCCGUGGCUUCAAGUGACGCUGAGGUCCAGCGCCAAGGGCCUUCUGGCGGUUCCCUCAUUGUGAGAAGCAAAGCUACUGGGAACCAGGCAGAGGGCCUUCUCGGUGGUGGCGCCCUCCCUGUGGAACGCCCUCCCACCAGAUGUCAAAGAGAAAAACAACUACCUAACAUUUAGAAGACAUCUGAAGGCAGCCCUGUUCAGGGAAGUUUUUAAUGUGUGACAUUCUAAUGUAUUUUUCAUCUUCAUUGGAAGCCACCCAGAGUGGCUGGGAAACCCAGCCAGAUGGACGGGGUACAAAUAAAAAAAUAUUAUUAUUAAUAAGGAGAUUCUGACUAAACCUCAGGGGAAACUUUUCUGUGUGCAAGAACCCUUUGACAGCGGAAGAGGCUUUCUCAGAAGGUGUUCACCUCCCCUUUGUUCGAGGCUUUUAAACAGAGGGCAGUUCACCCUUCGUCUGGGAUGCUUUAGCUGCGAUUCCUGCAUUGCAGGGGGUUGGACUAGAUGACCCUCGGUGCCCCUCCCAACGGUGCAAUUCUCUGAUUCCCAUUCUAGGCACGACGUGGUGGAAGUCGCAGGCCUCACCUCCUUCUCCUUUGGUGACGAGGAGGAGUCCCGAUACGUCAUGAUUUUCAAGAAGGCAAGUGGGAGAUCCGUCGCUGUCCCCCUUUCACCCUGUUGGGGGUCGCUCCCCAUUCCUCCUCUCCACCCCCUGGAGAGUCCAUGUUCCCGUUCUGACCUCCCCAUCCGCCUCUCUUUCAGGAAUUCGCCCCCUCGGACGAAGAGCUGGACGCCUACCGCCGGGGGGAGGAGUGGGACCCCCAGCAGGCCGAGGAGAAACGCUGGCUGAAGGUGGGCAGCUUUCCUCUAGGGGGGCAGGGUUGGGCCUGUUGGGCCAGGAUUGCAGUGCCACCCUCGGAGGAGACGCCACCCCGGGGUGCUCCUUGAGGGAUUUGCAAACUGUGGAACCAGAGAUAGACACCCCAGCGCAUAAGAACAUUAGAAACUUGGAUUUGGAAGCAGCUGUGAUUCUAAAUACCAGAUUAUUUAGGGUGGGAGAGGGUUGCUCAGAAUACUUUGAUGCUGCUUGUGGGUUUUCCACCAUGGGUCCCUGUGAGGAGAGAGAGAGAAGAGAUGCUCUUUGCUUAAGGAGUCUUCCUGCACUCUCUUUGCUGCCUUAUCCUUUCCUGGGAUGUCCAGCCAUCGGGCCCAGAGGCCAGAACAUCUCCCAAGGGACUCCCUGUGUAGCGUUCCCAAAACAAGGAAGGAUUGGACUCUGAUUAAUAGAAUGCACACGAGGCUUGAGCAGCAAGACUCUGGGAGGAGGUGCCAAUAAUAAUAAGAAUCCCUCUCCACCCCUCGGCCCAGGUCGUUUUAUUCACAAAAGAACUUUUUGCACAGUGUUCAUAAGAAUCAAUAAGAUUUACUCUGAGCAUUUCAAAAACCCCACGUGGGACAAAGUUAAAGUUAAAACUACAAAGAAACUAUUUCCUACUUGAGCAUGCAUACAUAGUUCAGAGUAAAUAAAAUAGGAAUAAAAGGAGGAGUGCAUUCAGCAAAACCCCAGAGGUCUUAAACAGGAGGGGCAGGAUGGCAGUAUUUACCAUCUCCUUGUGAACUCUCUUCCUGGCCCUUAAGGUCUAUCUAAAGUUUAAACUACAUCAAAGUAACCCACUAUCCUUAUGUACUGAGGAUGCCUGAGGAAGCAACUGGCCUGUGUUUCAGAAUGCUUAUACGUGCCUGUCAGCAAAUGGCAGAGAUGCAGAGGCUUGUGGGAUUUGAUCAGAAACUAUUGUCACUGAAUCAAACCCAGUCAACGCCAUGCUUUCAUCGCGGACACAAUGGCGUGCUCCAUAUUUCAUAAUUCCUCAUAGCAAUCCCACCUGACCCCCACACUCUGGAUAUCUGCACCCCUACAUCCCAGCCCUUUCUCUGCCUCUCCUGGCAGCAGCGGCAGGCGGACUGUCCUCCCCUUCUUCUAGCAUUUCCCUGAGCUUGGCCUGCUCUGAAGGAGCGGGUGCCUAGCUUUGGGAUACUUCUGGAUCCAUUGCUGUCACUCGAGACCCAGGAGACCUGGCGGGCCUCCCCUCAGCUUCGUCUGGUGGCCCAGCGGUGCCCCUAACCGGACAGGGGCAGCCUAACUUCUGCCUAUGCUCUGGUAACCUCUAGGUUAGAUUGCAUAUGUGGGGCUGCCUCUGAAGACGGUUCAGAAACGUCAGCUGCUGCAGGAUUUUGCAGCCAGGUUGCAAGAGGGUUGGAUCCUACGACACCCACCUUGGCCCAACUGCACUGGCUCCCCCUUGAAGUGCUGGUUUCGACCUUUAAAGCCUGUAAAGGACCGCAACACCACAAGGGCCACCUCUCCCCAUAUUUACUGGCCCAGACUCUGCCCUCCUGUGUGGGCCGCCUCCAUGAGAGGUCUGGAGGGUGACAACACGAGAGCGGGGCCUUCUCUGCAGUGGCUCCCCAUUUGUGGGAUGCUCUCCCUGGGGUGGUCCCCCUGGCGCCUUCAUUAUGCACCUUGAGGCGCCAGGUGAAAAUGUUCCUCUUUAACCAGGCUAACCUCCAUCCAAAGAUUUCAGGGCAGUUCCCCAGAUGAAAACGUCAUGCGUGUUUGUGUUUUUAUAGCGGAAUCCUCCCUGUGAUCUUUUUGGGUUUUUUUCAAAAACAAUUAUUGGUUUUCAAAAAAAAAUUAAAUAAACGUACAUCUUAACUGUACUUAAUCCAAUCUUAGUAACAUUGUUAAGUGACUUCCUCAAAUCCCCCUGGCUGAAUUUCAGUGUAUAUCAUUGUAACAGUUGUCCAAAACCAAUUUUCUCAUAAAAGUAACUUAAUCACUUAACAUCUUUCUUUCUUUUCAUUUUAACUUUAAACAUAUUAUUCUCUAACGUCACAUAUUUUAAAUCCCAAGCCUAUCUGAUAUUUGCAAGUUUUCCAAUUAAGUUAUCUUAACAUAUUUAACAAAAUAGUCUUUGAAUUUCAUCCAUUCCUCCUCCUUCUGGUCACGGACUCUUCCAGUCAGCUUGGCUAGCUCUGAAAAGUCCACCACCUUCAUCUGCCAUUCCUCCACUGUUGGGACUUCUUGCGAUUGCCAAUUCUUAGCUAGCAAAAUUCUAGCUGCAGUUGUGGCAUACAAAAACAAUCUAACAUCUUUUUUGGGCUGUUCCAAUCCUAUUAUUCCAAGAAGAAAGGCCUCUGGUUUCUUAUAAAUGUAUAUUUCAACAUUUUUUCCAAUUCAUUAUAAAUCUUCUCCCAGAAGACUUUCACCUUGGGGCAGGUCCACAACAUGUGAUAAAAGGUACCGUCCUCCCUGGGAUUUUGGGAGGAAGGGCGGCAGGUGGAAAGAAGGAUGGAGGAGUCCAGGAUGAAGCAGCCGCUGUGACAAACGCACCACGCAGCCCCAUAAAUUUGGCUACAGGGACGAAUCGCUUGCUCCCUCCGAGCGCCGUGGGGUGGGCAGGUGUGGGGCUGGGAGCUGCUUCCAUUAACUUAAUUUGAUUUUGAAUUGAUUUUAGAAUGAAUUGAUUUUAGAAUGCUGUGUUACUUUUAUUGCUGUUAGCCGCUCUGAGUCCGGCUUUGGCUAGGGAGGUCGGGAUAUAAAUAAAAUUUCAUUUUAUUGAUUAUUCCCUUCUGUCUCUCGCCCCUUCAUGGCUUCUGCCCUGCAGGAACUGGCUCAGCGGCAGGCGGAAGAGGAAGCCCUGAAAGGCCCCACGGUGGUCAAUCCCAACACUGACUACAAGGACAAGUACAGCCACCUGAUUGGGAAGGUGGCUGCCAAAGACGCCGCACACACCAUGGAGGCCAACAAGGCCUACGGCUGCGGUGAGUCGGCAGGGGGUGGGUUGACUCUCCUGGUUGGCUCCCCCAGACCCGGAGGGACAUCUGCAGCAAGAGCAGCCUGGACUGGCCCCUCGCCCCUCCAGGGCACUCCCAGCUAUGUGCAGGGUGCUAUCCCUCAAGAAUCCUUGGGUCCACGGCACCCGCGGGAAACAAUCUCCGGCCGUCCCCCAGCAUUUUGGAGCACGGGUUCCUUCUUUCUUGCUCCAGUGUGAAUCCCUACCUGCUGAGACCCUAUCUGCCCAUGGACUUUCUGGCCAUCAAAGUGGUGCAUGCUCUGGUUAUCUCCCGCUUGGACUACUGCCUAUGUGGGGCUACCUUUGAAGGUGACCCGGAAACUACAAGUAAUCCAGAAUGCGGCAGCUAGACUAGUGACUGGGAGCGGCCGCCGAGACCACAUAACACCGGUCUUGAAAGACCUACACUGGCUCCCAGUACGUUUCCGAGCACAAUUCAAAGUGUUGGUGCUGACCUUGAAAGCCCUAAACGGCCUCAAAGGACCAGUAGACCUGAAGGAGCCUCUCCACCCCCAUCGUUCUGCCCGGACACUGAGGUCCAGUGCCGAGGGCCUUCUGGCAGUUCCCUCACUGCGAGAAGCCACGUUACAGGGAACCAGGCAGAGGGCCUUCUCGGUGGUGGCUCCCGCACUGUGGAACACCCUCCCAGCAGAUGUGAAGGAAAUAAGCAGCUAUCCUAUCUGUAAAAGACACCUGAAGGCAGCCCUGUUUAGGGAAGCUUUUAAUGUUUGAUGCAUUACAAUAUUUUAAUAUUUUGUUGGAAGCCGCCCAAAGUGGCUGGGGAAGCCCAGCCAGAUGGGCAGGGUAUAAAUAAAAAAUUAUUGUUAUUGUUAUGAUUAUUAACGGCACCGACUUCUAGUCGGCUGAGCUAUAUCCCUUGUAACAACCAGAAAAUAAGGAUACGGAUUUGUGGUAGGAAAAACAGCAAAGGGGGUAGUGUAGGGGGGAUGGGGGGGAUAUAGAACCGCCCUGAGAUCUACAGAUAUGGGGCAGUAAACAUAUUUAAUAAAGAUUAUUAUUAUUAAUAGAAGAAGAAAUGUCUUUACACAGCUGAACUGUGGAACUCCCCAACUUGGAGCGCUUUAAAAGAGGAUUAGACAGAUUCAUGGAGGAGGAGAGAGCUAUUGAUGGCUGCUAGCUGCAGUGCCUAUUGCUGUCUGUAUAGUCAGAGGCAGUGAUGUGAGCCAGUGUGGUGUAGUGGUUAAGAGCAGUGGACUCGUAAUCUGGGGAACCGGGUUCGCUUCCCCACUCCUCCACCUGCAGCUGCUGGGUGACCUUGGGCCAGUCACACUUCUCUGAAGUCUCUCAGCCUCACUCACCUCACGGUGUUUGUUGUGGGGUAGGAAGGGAAGGGAGAAUGUGAGCCACUUUGAGACUCCUGAAGGGGAGUGAUAAAGCGGGAUAUCAAAUCCAAACUCUUCAAACUCUUCCAAGUACAGUACCAGUUGCUGGAAACCAGCAACUGGUGGAGUCUCCUUCUUUGGAGGUCUUUAAGCAGAGGCUUGACAACCAUAUGUCAGGAGUGCUCUGAUGGUGUUUCCUGCUUGGCAGGGGGUUGGACUCGAUGGCCCUUGUGGUCUCUUCCAACUCUAGGAUUCUAUGAUUCUAUAAACCACAGGAGGGAAGAAAGUUCUCAUGGGCUCGAAUCCUGCUUUCGGGCAGCAGGUUGGCCACUGUGAGAACAAGAUUCCGGGUUCGGGCCUGUUCUUAAACCAUGAAAGAGGAGGGAAAGUGUUGCAGACGGAGCUUUAGAUAAUAAUAAUAAUAAUAAUAAUAAUAAUAAUAAUAUAUUUUAUUUAUACCCCGCCCUCCCCAGCCAAGGCCGGGCUCAGGGCGGCUAACACCAGGUCUAAAAACAACUGACUAAAAUACAACUUAAAAAACGAUUAAAAUACAACACUGAAAUGCAGAAACUCAUUUCAGCAGAAACUCAAAAACUUUUUGGGGGAUGAAAACGCCGAGUCUUCACCAAGGCCAACUGUCCAGACUGGUCCUACGUGGGCCAGAAAAAGCCAGGGAAGUCCCCAAAUAGGAGUUCCAACACAGAAGGAAAAAAGGAAAAAGGAAAGGAUCAAAUUGAUUCCAAGCCAAAGGCCAGGCGGAACAACUCUGUCUUACAGGCCCUGCAGAAAGAACUCAGAUCCCGCAGGGCCCUGGUCUCAUGAGGCAGAGCGCUCCACCAGGCUGGAGCCAUCACUGAGAAGGCCCUGGCUCUGGUUGAGGCUAAUUUCUCUUCCUUAGGGCGUAGGGUGUUGCUAUUUAUGGACCUUAAGGCCCUCCACAGGGCACUGAGAACAUGGUGCGCCUUCCGGGUGUUGGGAAAUGUAGUCCAGAACACCAGCAAGGCUCUCCACCUUCUCAGGGCCUGCUCUGAGAGGCUCCUGUGUUCUUCGAAUUGGGCUGAAUUGGGCCUUCGUGGUUGAGCUGUCCGAUUCUCCGCCUUUUAUUAAGUCUUUUUCAUAAUAUGACCAAAAAAAGACCUACCUGAAUAAAUGCAGAGUCCUCUCAGAGGUCGAUCAUUGCCAGGCUGGCAAAUUCUUGACGUUCCCCGUCCCUCUCCCCUCGCAGUUCCCGUCGCCAACAAGAGAGACACGCGCUCCAUCGAGGAGGCCAUGAACGAGAUCCGGGCCAAGAAGCAGCGCCUCCGCCAGACCGAGGACGAGGGCCCCGCUCCGCCCGCCAGCAGCUCGUAGGGAUCGGGGCCGCCAGCAGCGGCCGGGCUUGCUCCCCGUCGGCUGAUUUCAGGGACUCGCCUCCGGAGCUGCUGCUGCUGCUACUUCUGUGGAAGCCACCUGGGGGCUCCCUGGAGUGGAUUAGGAGGGGGACUCCCACAAAACAUCCCUCCCUCUCCUCCCUUGGUGUACCCCAGCCCUUUUGAGUAGUUGACCCCUAGCCUAGGGUGGCGUUAGCGUGCUGGCAGGUGAGGAGGAGGAGGAGGGUUUGUAAAAGUUUUUAUCUUCUGCGUGUGAGAAAAGGGGCUGAGACGAUUGUAGCAAGGUGGGAGUGUGUUAAGGGAAUAAAUAAUAUAUCCCCCCCCCAAAAAAUACACACCACAAUUCCCUUUUUGUGUGCUGUUCAGACCUCCACAACUGAAGUUGCCCCUUUUAAUCCUGUAGUGUGCUUCCCCCACCUUGCACUGAAGCCCCCCACCCUUACCUCUCCCCCAUCUUAAAACUCCCCUCCACCCCAGUUUUUAUUACCACUGUAGUACCACUCGCAUCCACCAGAGAGGGCAUCCCUCUGAGCUGCAGUACUCCCUUCAUCCCACCAGGGGGAGCAACCGAGUUGCAGUGCCAUGGCCAACUGGAAGACCUUAGCAGGGUGCAGGAGCCCCCUUUACCCCGCUGUGGGGUGGGAGGGCAAAGGGGCCCGUUUGCCCCCGUGUCCGCAUUGCGGGGAGGGGUCCUUGCUGCCUUUGACAAGAGGGUCCCUUCCGUCUUUGGGGUGUCGAGGCCGAAGCAUACCUGUCUUCCCUUUGGAUCUUCUCCUAACGUCCCUGCCAGGUCUGGAGUUUUUAUUCAGUGUGUAAAUAUUUAAGAAAUUCUGUUUGCCUGCCUUCCCGCUAUGGGGAGCCGAUGCCCCCAUUGCACACCCCACUCCCUGCUCCCACGUGUCACAGGCUCCCAAGGGGGCCUGGCCAUGUGGAUGCCGGAGCCGGGAAGACGCCAUCGGUGGUGUUUGGGCAGAGGGCUGUAUAUGUGUGUGGACAACAUUAAAUGCUUGUUUUGGACGCUG